CUCCCUGGGGGUGACUCUUUCUGUGUCCUCUCUUCCUUGCAGGUCCAAGCUGACCAAUGAAGACUUCAGAAAGCUUCUCAUGACCCCGCGGGCUGCGCCAACAUCUGCGCCACCAUCCAAAUCUCGCCACCAUGAGAUGCCCCGGGAGUACAAUGAAGAUGAAGACCCUGCUGCUCGCAGGAGGAAGAAGAAAAGCUAUUACGCCAAGCUGCGCCAGCAGGAGAUCGAGCGCGAGAGGGAGCUGGCUGAGAAGUAUAGGGAUCGAGCCAAGGAGAGGAGGGAUGGGGUGAACAAGGACUACGAGGAGACGGAGCUGAUCAGCACAACUGCCAACUACAGGGCUGUGGGGCCAACAGCAGAGGCGGAUAAAUCCGCUGCGGAGAAGAGAAGACAGUUGAUCCAGGAGUCCAAGUUCUUGGGUGGUGACAUGGAGCACACCCACUUGGUGAAGGGUCUGGACUUCGCACUUCUGCAGAAGGUACGGGCUGAGAUUGCCAGCAAGGAGAAGGAAGAGGAGGAAAUGAUGGAGAAGCCCCAGAAAGAAACUAAGAAAGAUGAAGAUCCUGAGAAUAAGAUUGAAUUUAAGACCCGGCUGGGUCGCAACAUCUACCGCAUCCUGUUCAAGAACAAGGCCUAUGAGCGGAACGAGCUGUUCCUGCCGGGCAGGAUGGCCUAUGUGGUCGAUCUGGAUGAUGAGUAUGCAGACACCGAUAUCCCCACCACACUGAUCCGCAGCAAGGCUGACUGCCCCACCAUGGAGGCACAGACCACGCUGACCACCAAUGACAUUGUCAUCAGCAAACUGACACAGAUCCUCUCCUAUCUCAGGCAAGGGACCCGCAACAAGAAGCUCAAGAAGAAAGACAAAGGGAAGCUGGAUGAGAAGAAGCCCCCUGAAGCUGAUAUGAACAUUUUUGAAGACAUUGGGGAUUAUGUGCCCUCCACUGCGAAGAUGCCCCGGGAGAAGGAGCGGGAGAGGUACCGCGAGAGAGAGCGCGACAGGGACCGGGAGCGGGACAGGGACCGAGAACGAGAUCGGGACCGGGAGCGCGAGCGGGACCGGGAGCGGGAUCGGGAGCGGGAGGAGGAAAAGAAGAGGCACAGCUACUUUGAGAAGCCCAAGGCUGACGAUGAGCCCACAGACAUCGACAAAGGACCCAGCUCAGCCAAGGAGCUCAUCAAGUCCAUCAACGAGAAGUUUGCUGGAGCCACUGGCUGGGAAGGAGCAGAGACAUUGAAGAAGCCAGAAGACAAGAAGCAGCUGGGAGACUUCUUCGGCAUGUCAAACAGCUAUGCCGAGUGCUACCCUGCCACAAUGGAUGAUAUGGCUGUGGACAGUGAUGAAGAGGUGGACUACAGCAAAAUGGAUCAAGGUAACAAGAAAGGACCUUUGGGCCGCUGGGACUUUGACACUCAGGAGGAGUACAGUGAAUACAUGAACAACAAAGAGGCUCUGCCCAAGGCAGCAUUCCAGUAUGGGAUCAAGAUGUCUGAGGGUCGCAAGACCCGUCGCUUCAAGGAGACGAAUGACAAGGCAGAGCUGGACCGGCAGUGGAAGAAGAUCAGUGCGAUCAUCGAGAAGAGGAAGAAGCUGGAGGCUGAUGGGGUUGAGGUGAAACGUCCCAAGUACUGA